AUGGCCAGCAGGACCGCGGCGGGGGCCCGGCUGCCGGAGCGGCCGGGGCCGAGGCGGCGCGCCGGGAGCCCGCGGGCGCAGGGGAGGCACCUGCUCCGCAGCUUGCCGGCGGCGCAGACCCUGGCCAGGGUCAUCCGGCCUUGCUACGGCCCCCACGGCCGGCAGAAGCUCCUGGUCACCGCCAGAGGAACCACCGUGCUGACGGGCUACGCCGCGGCCAUCCUGCGCGCGCUGGAGCUGGAGCACCCCGCGGCGCGGCUCCUGCGCGAGGCGGCCCACACGCAGGCGGAGAGCAGCGGCGACGGCGCGGCCUUCGUGGUCCUGCUGGCGGAAGCGCCGCUCCUGCAGGCCGAGCACCUGCUGCGCGCCGGCCUGGCCCGCUCCCAGCUGCGCGAGGCCUACGCCGCGGCCGCCGCGGAGACCCUGGCCCUGCUGCCCUCCGGGCCAUCCGACCCCCUGGGGCCUCUGGAGGAUCUUUGGGCCCUCUACUGGUGUGAAACCCACGCCGUGUCCCGGGCCGACUGCUUGACCAAGCUGGCGGCCCACGCGUGCUGGGACAAGGAGCCGGACGGCGGCUUCCGACGCGAGCGCGUGGGCGUGUGCACCCUGCGAGGGGGGGGAGGCUGGAGGACUCGCGACCUGCUCCCGGGGCCGGCCUUGUGCGCCGAGCCCUGCGGGCAGGUGACCGCGGUGCCCGGCGGCGCCAGAGUGGCUCUCUUCGAUUGCGGCUUUGGUCCCGCCAGUCCGAAUGCCCCGGCCACGGCCCGGCUCCCCGGCCCCGCUGACCUGGCCGCGUUCAGGAGAAGGAAGUGAGCGUUGGUAGAAAAGCAGGUGGCCCAGCUGGCCAGCGCGUGCAUUAACGUGGCGGUGGCAUGGGGGGACAUCGAUGAGAAUGCCCUGACGCGGGCCGACAAGCACAGCAUCAUGGUGAUUCGAGCCAGGUCCCGGAGGGAUAUGGUUUACUUGAGUGAGGUGCUGGGCACACCUUUGAUGUGUCACCUGCUUCCUCCGAAGCCAGGGAAGUGCCGGAGGGUCUACCAGCAGGAGCUGGAAGGUUUGGCCGUGGUGUUUGAGUAAUGUCCGGGCACCCCUGCCGUUACCUUGGUCCUCAGGGGGGCCACAGCCCAGGGGCUGCAGGGCGCGGAGCAGGCCGCCUACCGUGGCAUCGAUGCCUACUUCCAGCUGUGCCAGGAUCCCAGGCUGCUUCCGGGAGCUGGGGCCACGGAGACGGCUCUAGCGAAAAUGCUCUCAGGAAAAGGCCAACUGGAAGGGCCUAAUGGUCCUGCCUUCCUGGCAUUUGCCCAGGCCCUUCGGUCUCUUCCUGAAACCUUGGCAGAGAACGCAGGCUUAGCCGUCUCCCAAGUGAUGGCAGAAAUGAACAGAGCUCACCAGGCUGGCAACUUCCUAGUAGGAGUGGGGGUCGAAGGGAUAAUAAACGUGGCCCAGGAAGAGGUGUGGGACACCCUGACAGCCAAAGCCCGAGGACUCCGGGCCGUAGCUGUGACACUGCAGCUCGUGAGCGUAGACGAAAUUGUGGUGGCCAGCAAAGCGCCACGUAUCAACGGGACUCGAAUCCUGUCCCCAAGAAGGCCAAGGGAUGCCUGUUUCCUGUAAAAGAUCAGCUCCUUGGAACGACCUGAGUAGUAACAUCCUCAAUACAAUGGGGAUGGCAAGGAAGGCACAGUCACCCCCGAAAUGGAUGUUUGCCGUGUUUUUAUUCCCUCCGUGUUUUGUACUGUUAGAGUCCGUUUCUUCAGACGAAAACAACAUAAAGGACCAUAAGAUAAAGUCCUUUUCGUUGAUUUAUGUCCUUUCAGACUCUUGGCUUUUUUCAUUUCCUGUUUCUCUCCAUCAUAUUCUGUUCCUUUCCUCCAAUAA